UAAAUCAAGAUAAUUUAACGCGCAUGCUGCGAUAGGCCAGGGCAGGAUAGUGAAGUUAUGCAGAGAUUGGCCGGCAGCCCGGCGGGAUGCCUGGGCCGUUGCCCGGGAAUCGUAGGAAAACACCUAACACCUCGUCAUCCGAUUUCCUGUGGUCGGCCGUCCUAUGGCUCACGGCGAGGGAGCGUCAUUGUCCAAGCGCGUAAGUUAGCGCAUCUCCGGAAGAAGAUGUGGAAGGAGGCUGGGCCGCCACCGGACCUCGCCACACGGCUAUUUACGGAGCGUAUUAUGUAUCUGGGCAUGCCGAUCGACUCCUCGGUAGCGGAGCUGCUCACAGCGCAGCUUUUCGUGCUUGUACAAGAGGCCCCCGAUCCAAUUUUUUUCUACAUCAACUCCACCGGCAUCGCGAAAAGCACGACAAAGUUCGGGAACGAGCAUGAGGCGGUUGCGGUGUACCACAUGAUGAAGGGCGUUCAAAAGUUCUGCCCGAUCUACACGCUGUGCGUUGGAAAUGCAUUUGGAGAAGCAGCGCUGCUGCUGAGCGCGGGGACGCCGGGCAAGCGCGCGGCCCUUCGCUCCUCAACCAUCAUGCUCCGACAGCCCCUGCAGCGGCUCAGCGGCAUGCAGGCCUCGGACAUUGACAUAUACCGGAAAAUAACCAGGGAGAAGACCCAGACCAUGGCCAAGUACCUGGCGGUGUGUACCAAGAAAACGGAAGAGCAGAUCAUGGAGGACUUCAUUCGGCCGCGGUACUUCAACCCGUACGAAGCCGUGACGUACGGCCUUAUUGACACGGUAUUGGAGCCCAAGGAGGAGCGGGUGGUGUUCAAGGAUUGGGAGAAGAUGGGCUCCGAGAUUGCGGAGCUGGGGCUGUGGGCGGACGAGGAGCAGCCGCUGCCGACCAACAUCAUGUACCCCGGCACGUCGCAGUACUGGCGCUCGGACUUCGAUGGGUGA